GGCUGCCGCCAGAGCGGGGGCGGGGCGAGCCCGCGUGUCAUGUGAGGGCGCGGUCACGUGAGCGCGGGUGUCAUGGCGGUGCCCGGGGCGGCGGCGCUGCCGCUGCUGCUCCUGCUCGGGGCGGCCGCGGGCUGCGGGUACCAGUCGUGCCCCCGGAGCCGGCCGGACAUGCUGAACGUGCACCUGGUGCCGCACUCGCACGACGACGUGGGCUGGCUCAAAACCGUGGAUCAGUACUACUACGGGGUGCGGAACCGGGACCAGCACGCGGGGGUCCAGUACAUCCUGGACUCGGUGGUGGCCGAGCUGGCGGCGGCGCCCUCCCGGCGCUUCGUCUACGCCGAGGUGGCGUUCCUGGCACGCUGGUGGCACCAGCAGGACGAGGCCACGCGGAGCCUGGUCCGGGAGCUGGUGCAGGAGGGGCGGCUGGAGCUGGCCGGAGGCGGCUGGACCAUGCCGGACGAGGCGGCGGCUCACUACGCCGGCGUCCUGCAGGCGCUGGCGCUGGGCCGGCGCUUCCUGCGGCGCCACCUGGGCGCGUGUGGCACCCCGCGCGUGGCCUGGCAGAUCGACCCCUUCGGGCAUGCCCGCGACCUGGCCGGGGCCUUGGCGCAGAUGGGCUACGACGGGCUCUUCCUGGGCCGUGUGGACCACCAGGACAAGCGGGCGCGGCUGCAGCGCCGGGAGCUGGAGCUGGUCUGGAGGGGCAGCGCCAGCCUGGAGCCCCCCCGGGCCGACAUCUUCACCGGGGUCCUGCCCAACGUGUACAACCCCCCCGCGGGGCUGUGCUGGAAGCUCUGCUCCGACCCCCCCGUGGUGGACGGGGACGGCCCCGAGCGCAACGUGGACGCCGUGGUCACCUCCUUCCUGCAGGCGGCCGCCAGCCAGGCCCGGGAGUACCGCACCAACCACAUCCUCAUGACCAUGGGCUCCGACUUCCACUACGAGAACGCGCACCUGUGGUUCAAGAACCUGGACAAGCUCAUCGCCCACGCCAACGCCCGCCAAGCCAACGGCAGCCGCGUCCACGCCCUGUACUCGACGCCCUCCUGUUACCUGUGGGAGCUGCACCGGGCCAACCUCACCUGGCCCCUCAAGACGGACGAUUUCUUCCCCUACUCGGACGGGCCCCACCAGUUCUGGACCGGCUACUUCAGCAGCCGCCCGGCGCUCAAGGGCUACGAGCGCCUCAGCGGCGGCUUCCUGCAGGUGUGCAGCCAGCUGGAAGCCCUGGCCGGGCCCUCGGUGCGGGACGGGCCCUACGGCCCCGGGGACAGCGCCGCGCUCCGCGAGGCCGUGGCCGUGGCCCAGCACCACGACGCCGUGGCCGGCACCGAGCGGCAGCACGUGGCCAACGACUACGCCCGGCAGCUGGCCCAGGGCUGGGACCGCUGCCAGGUGCUGGUGGCCAACGCCCUGUCCCUGCUGGGGGACACCAAGGAGCCCCUGGAGUUCUGCAACGGCCUCAACGUCAGCGUGUGCCCCCUCAGCGAGAGCAGCCCGCACUUCACCGUGAUCCUCUACAACCCCCUGGCCCGGGCCGUGGCCUGGCCCGUGCGCCUGCCGGUCAAGGGCAGCUGCUACGCCGUGAGCGACCCCCAGGGCCGGCCCGUGGCCAGCCAGGUGGUCCCGGUGUCCGGUGCCACCCGGCGGCUGCGGGGCGGUGCCGGGGGGGCUCCGGGGGAGCUCCUGUUCCAGGCCUGGGCCCCCCCCUUGGGGUUCAGCACGUUCCAGGUGCAGGAGCUGAGCCCGGGGAGCCCCCGGGAGCCCCCCAGGUGGCCCCAGGAGGACCAGGAGCCCUGGAUCGAGAACGAGCACCUGCGGGUGCUGUUCGACCCCGUCACGGGGCACCUGCGCGAGGUCCAGAACCGGCCCAAGGGGCUCUCGCUGCCCGUGUUCCAGAGCUUCUACUGGUACAACGCCAGCACCGGGGACGCGCUGAGCCCCCAGGCCUCGGGCGCCUACAUCUUCCGUCCCAACGCCUCCGCGCCCUUCCCCGUGGCCAAACGCGCGGCCACGCGCCUGCUCAAGAACGCGCUGGUGCAGGAGCUGCACCAGAACUUCUCGGCGUGGUGCUCGCAGGUGCUGCGGCUGCGGCCGGGCCAGCCCUACCUGGAGCUGGAGUGGACCGUGGGGCCCAUCCCGGUGUCGGACGGGCUGGGCAAGGAGGUGAUCAGCCGCUUCGAGACCCCGCUGCGCACGGCCGGGCGCUUCUACACCGACUCCAACGGGCGCCAGAUCCUGGAGCGCAGGCGUGACUACCGGCCCACCUGGAACCUGAGCCAGAGCGAGCCCGUGGCGGGGAAUUACUACCCCGUGAACACGCGGAUCUUCAUCAGGGACCAGAAGGUGCAGCUGACGGUGCUGACGGAUCGGUCCCAGGGCGGCAGCAGCGUCAUGGACGGGUCCCUGGAGCUGAUGGUGCACCGGCGGCUCCUGAGGGACGACAGCCGCGGCCUGGCGGAGGCGCUGGACGAGCGCGGCGCCGACGGGCGGGGCCUGGCGCUGCGGGGCCGCCACCGGCUCCUGCUGGACACGGCGGCGGCCGCGGCCGAGCUGCACCGGCCGCUGGCGCAGGAGAUGGUGACAGCCCCGCACCUGGUGCUGGCACCGGGGACAGGGCCUCACCUGCGCCAGUUCUCGGGGCUGCACCGGGCGCUGCCCCCCAACCUGCACCUGCUGUCGGUGGAGCCGCAGGGCCCCGGGGCGCUGCUGCUGCGCCUCGAGCACCUCUUCGAGCGUGGGGAGAGCCAGAGCAGCUCCCGGCCCGUCACCGUGGACCUGACGACCCUUUUCUCAGCCUUCACCAUCACCUCCGUGCGGGAGAUGGCCCUGGGGGGGGACGUCCCCCUGGACAGCGUGUCCCGCCUGCUCUGGAACACGGCCUCAGGCACCCCCAGGCCCCGGCGGGGGCCCCGGCUGGACCCACGGCGCGUGCGGCUGGAGCCGAUGGAGAUCCGAACCUUCCUGGCCUCGGUGCGGUACUGAGGGCCGGGGAGGGGGCUCUGAGGCAGCCCCCCGCCCCAAUAAAACACAUUGGAACCCC